GUAAUUUGUUAUAUACAACGUUUACAGCCUAUUUAGACUCAAGUUUCUGAACUUGAACUUGAGUUGUAAAGGGGCGGAACUUUUGUGGUAAAUUUCCUCUGGAAAUUAAAAACACCCACUGUCAUAAUGUAUUUUUAUUUUCUGCUCAUCGCUUUAAAUCACAAACAACGGGUUCGUCUUAAUCUUAAAACCAUUUCCCAAUGGCUCUUAAUACGGAUUUUUGAAUCUCACAAAGUUAUUUGAAAGAACGAGUUCUGGUACUGACCAAUCAGGGAAGCUGUAAGUUCCCUGUUACAGGGAGACAGCUUCAUACUUUAAUCAAGAUUCAUCAGAGAACAGAAGCAUUUCAUCAGCUGAAGGACAGACGUGUUCUCUCCUGGAUUACGUAAAUUAUUGACAGGAGUCCAGGUUGGUGUCACGAGAGGCGGGGCUGUUGCUCGAGAGGGCGGUGGGCUGUCUGCAGCUGCUAGGUACUGGAGGCUGGUAUCAGAGCUUCGCUGAAGGAUGGAGAAGGACGACCCAAAGAUCGUGAACAAGGGGUUGGAGGACGAGAUGGAGAUCUCGGGGUACAGGUAUUGCCGCUGGAAGCUGGCGCUGGUGGGCCUGGGGGUGCUGGCCUCCGGCGGGUUCCUGCUGCUGCUGCUGUACUGGAUGCCGGAGUGGUGUGUGAAGAGCACCUGCUCCAGGACCUCGCUCAGAGAGGCCCAGCUGCUGCUGCUGCAGUCCACGGACGAGUUCAAGCGCUGGUUCCUCGCUAAGGUGCGGGUCAUGCUGGCUCCUGGGAGGAACCCCUUUGACUGCCUGGAUUCCCAGACCACCUCAGCUGUGGCCAAUGGCCACACCCCCCAGAGCCACGCCUCCCAAGGCCACACCCCCCAGCCCUCCGACAGCCCCCCUGAGGACCUCAUCAAAAAGUAUGCAGAGUACCAGCCCAUGCAGAUUCGCUAUUUCACACUCCACAGCACCAAAUACUUCUGGAACGAUGCACUCCAGAACUUCGAAGUGUUAACGGGACUGGAGGACCUGGAAGUCAGCUGUUCCUCUGUACACUCCGACCACAGUACAGGGCUGAGCAGGAGCCUGCAAGUCUACAGGAGACUGUUCUUCGGGACAAACGAGAUCGAAGUCAAAGUGCCUUCUGUUUUCAAGCUGCUAAUUAAAGAGGUCCUGAACCCGUUCUACAUCUUCCAGCUCUUCAGCGUCAUUCUUUGGAGCGCUGACGAGUACUAUUACUACGCCAUGGCCAUCGUCUUCAUGUCCGUCAUAUCGAUCGCUACCUCUCUGUACACCAUCAAAAAGCAAUACGUCAUGCUGCACGACAUGGUGGCGACUCACAGCGUGGUGCGAGUCUCGGUCUGCCGAGCCGGCGACGAGCUGGAGGAGGCCAUGUCCACGGAACUGGUCCCCGGUGACAUCAUCGUCAUUCCCACCAACGGGACCAUCAUGCCUUGCGACGCCGUGCUCCUCAGCGGCACCUGCAUCGUCAACGAGAGCAUGCUCACAGGGGAGAGUGUGCCCGUCACUAAGACCAACCUGCCGAACCCGGGGCUGGGCGUGAAGGGGGCGGAGGGAGACUGCCCCUACAGCUCGGAGGAGCACAAGCGGCACACGCUCUUCUGCGGCACCAACGUCAUCCAGACCCGCUUCUACUCCGGGGAGCUGGUCAAGGCCGUGGUGGUCCGCACCGGCUUCAGUACAGCUAAGGGACAGCUGGUGCGCUCCAUCCUCUACCCAAAACCCACCGAUUUCAAGCUCUACCGGGAUGCCUACCUCUUCCUCUUGUGCCUGGUGGCUGUUGCGGGCAUCGGCUUCAUCUACUCCAUCGUGCUCAGCGUCAUGAACAACGUUCCAGUCAACACCAUCAUCAUCGAGUCGCUGGACAUCAUCACCAUCACGGUGCCCCCCGCCCUGCCGGCGGCCAUGACGGCGGGCAUCGUGUACGCCCAGCGCCGUCUCAAGAACAUCGGCAUCUUCUGCAUCAGCCCCCAGAGGAUCAACAUCUGCGGCCAGCUCAACCUCGUCUGCUUCGACAAGACCGGCACGCUCACAGAGGACGGAUUAGACAUGUGGGGGAUCCGGCGGGCCGAGACUGGCAGGUUCCACCCCUCAGAGGACAGCACCUAUAAGGAGUCUCUGGUGAAGUCCCAGUUCGUGGCCUGCAUGGCCACCUGCCACUCUCUCACCAAGAUCGAGGGCCAGCUCUCCGGCGACCCGCUCGACCUCAAGAUGUUCGAGGCCACGGGCUGGAUUCUGGAGGAGGCGACGGAGGAGGAGACGGCCCUGCAUAACCGCAUCAUGCCCACCGUGGUGCGGCCGCCAAAACAGCUGCUGCCGGAGCCUGCUGCUGCCCCCGAUCAGGACAUGGAGCUGUACGAGCUGUCGGCGGCGUACGAGAUCGGGAUCGUGCGCCAGUUCCCCUUCUCCUCGGCGCUGCAGCGCAUGUGCGUGGUGGCGCGGCUCCUGGGGGAGAAGCGCAUGGACGCCUACCUGAAGGGGGCGCCAGAGGUGGUGGCCAGCCUCUGCAAGAAGGAAACGGUGCCGGAGAGCUUUGCCGAGGUUCUGGAGGACUACACCAAGCAGGGCUUCCGGGUCAUCGCUCUGGCCCACCGGCGCCUGGAGUCCAAACUCACCUGGCACAAAGUUCAGAACGUCAACAGGGACCUCAUUGAGGCCAACAUGGAGUUCCUGGGGCUGAUCAUCAUGCAGAACAAGCUGAAGGCGGAGACCCCUGGUGUCCUGGAGGACCUGAGGCGGGCCAACAUUCGCACCGUCAUGGUUACCGGUGACAACAUGCUGACAGCCAUUUCGGUGGCUCGAGACUGCGGGAUGGUCCCCCCGCAGGACAGGGUCAUCAUCGCGGACGCUCUGCCCCCCAAAGACGGCCAGGCCGCGAGGAUCAACUGGCGCUACGCGGACAACCCCAUCAAACAGGAGGACAAGGGCGCCGCACUGCAGGAAGUGGCGCUCAACAUGGAGGAAGUGGACCCCAGGGACAGCCCCAGGCCGAAGGAGCACUACCACUUCGCCAUGAGCGGCAAGUCCUUCAGCGUCAUCAUGGAGCACUUCCAGGACCUGGCCCAGAAGCUGGUUCUUCAUGGCACGGUCUUCGCCCGGAUGGCCCCAGAUCAGAAGACUCAGCUGGUGGAGGCGCUGCAAAGUGUAGAUUACUUUGUGGGCAUGUGUGGAGAUGGAGCCAAUGACUGUGGGGCCCUGAAGCGAGCGCACAGCGGGAUCUCCCUCUCAGAGCUGGAGGCGUCCGUCGCCUCCCCGUUCACCUCCCGCACCCCCAACAUCUCCUGCGUGCCCAACCUCAUCAGGGAGGGGCGGGCAGCUCUCAUCACCUCCUUCUGUGUGUUCAAGUUCAUGGCACUGUACAGCAUUAUCCAGUACAUCAGCGUGACUCUGCUGUAUUCAGUGCUCAGUAACCUGGGAGACUUCCAGUUCUUGUUCAUUGAUAUCGCCAUCAUCCUGCUCAUUGUCUUCACCAUGAGCCUGAACCCGGCCUGGAAGGAGCUGGUGUCGCGGCGGCCGCCCUCGGGGCUGAUCUCCGGGCCCCUGCUCUUCUCCGUUCUCUCCCAGAUCCUCAUCUGCCUGGGCUUCCAGACCCUGGCCUUCCUCUGGGUCCGCCAGCAGAGCUGGUACGAGGUGUGGACUCCUGCCUCCGAUGCCUGUAACGCUCCCCCGAACGACAGCUCCGCCGCCGACCACAACGAAACCGAACCGGACGAGCACAACAUCCAAAACUACGAGAACACCACCCUGUUCUACGUCUCCUCUUUCCAGUACCUGAUCGUCGCCGUCGUCUUCUCCAAGGGAAAGCCCUUCCGACAGCCCAGCUACAAGAACUGGCCGUUCGUCCUGUCGACGCUCGCUCUCUACGUCUUCCUCCUCUUCAUCCUGUUUAACCCCGUCGCUGGCAUCGAUAACUUCCUGGAGAUUGUGUGCGUUCCUAUGGAAUGGCGCCUCAGAAUGCUGCUGGUCGUCGUAGGUAACGCAGUGGUUUCUGUCCUCGUGGAGACCUUCAUCCUUGACAUCGUCUUAUGGAGUCUUGUGUUCAGCCGUGACAAGCAGGGGGCAUUCGGGGUCUCUUCCACCCAGCAGACGCCUCAGGCCGGGGCGGACCGCUGUGCUGCCGGCUCCCCGUCCCAGUGGUGCUGCCGGAGGUCCCGGGUCCCCAAAGCCCGCUACAUGCACCUGGCCCAGGAGCUGCGGGUCGACCCCGACUGGCCCCCAAAACCCAAAACCACCACCGAGGCCAAGGCCCCGCCCCGCCCCGAAAACGGAGCCUACCCAAUCACGGCCACCUCCUAGCACCCCCCCGCCCCCCCCCCCUCCCCCAAAACCCCUUCUCUCCCUCCUCUCCUGCAGUUUGGACUGAGAUGACCAAGGAAAAGAAAAGGGUGAAACGAUUACUUCGGCAGAGAGGCUUUGGACUGGAAGAUCAUGUCACAGUAAACGAACAAAAAGAUCAAAACAAAAGAAAAAGGUUGUAUUGUCGACAACAGGAAAGUGCCGUAUUUGCUAACGUCGGAAAAACGUUAGCGUGGUGGUUCCACUGGUGGGACGUCCCACGUCUUGGCUGCUCAAGUCAACCUUUUCGUUGCUGCUGUUAAUCCUCUCACUGUUUAGCCGCGAGGGUGCUGGGCCCUUCGGGGCGGGGGCUGUUGGACCCCUCCCUCGAUGGUCUGACGGCCCGUUUGUUACGCAUCCGAUUGCUGAAAUGCAACUGAAAAUUUUUAAUGUCGGACAAAAAAAAAAAAAAA